AUGUGCCGGAACAGGCGAACACAAUCAUCAUUGGUGUCAGCGGACGAGUUGGAAAGUCAUCCAAGGCACAGCAGACCGCCGAACCCAGACCACGGAUGCAUAGAAGAGGGAGAAGAAGAGCUUUCGACAGAGCAUACAUAUCAUGCAUCCGAAAAACGAGACGCAAGACACAGAAAAGGUGAACUUUCAAGGAGCCUGUUGCUUCAAAUCGUUACAGCGAUAAUAGAGGGGAGGCAAGGCACGCAACCAGCAAGGAUACUACUGGACACUGGAAGUCAAAGGUCAUUCAUUACAAAGUCAUUAACCAAGACACUAAGAUGUCCAAUAUUGGGAACGGAAAAUCUGUUCAUCGGAUCUUUUGGGGCAGCAGUUUCACAGAAAGAGAUGCGAGUCGUUGAGCUGAAGAUAAAGAAGCACAAGGGCACACAUGCACAGACGAUCAGAGCUCUCGAAGUAGAGAAGAUAGGAUGUAAUAUCUUGCCAAGAGUGGAUCCCAACAUGCAAGGUCUACCAGACGAAGUUAAGCGACAUUUGGGGGACGAAGAAACAGUAGCAGACGAUCAAAUAGGCGUCCUGGUGGGAUCAGACCACUAUUGGGAACUUGUCACUGGAAAGACAUACAGGAUAAGCGAGUCCGCGGUGGAGACAACUCUCGGUUGGGCGAUAGAAAGGCCAGUUACUUUUAAAUGCCGAUGCACUAGGCAGGCCGCAGUCAAUGUGCUAAAAGUGUCACUUGGAUGUGAACUAGAAGACGAACUUUUAGAAGCAUUCUGA